AUAGACCAGGGGCUGAGACAGCAAGCAGGGCGUUUCUGAAUAAUACGCGUCGGUGGAGAGCAGGGGAGGGGUUGAACCUUCACUGAACAUGGAAGGAAAGCCAAGUUGCGUAUUGAAUGUCUAAAUAACUGCCUUUUUAAAGGAACCACCCGACAAGGGAUUGAGCUGCUGGUGGGACAAGGAAGGACUGCACUCGUGUUGGUAUCUGGACUAAAAAAUAGCAACAACCUGUGACUGGUGCUCAUUGGGACAAAAUCUGCCAUCACUGUGAAGAGGACACCCCUUUCCAGACAGAGCCUGUAAAACAUUCUGAGCCCCUAUACUUUUACUGGUUACUGCAUUUGAAGCAUCCCACAGCAGAACCACAAGUACCGCCUGGUCAAUAUUUAACGACUGCUUAAUGGUCGCUGAUGUUUCAUUCUGAUUCGUGAUUGAGCCUUGAAGCCAUUACCACCUUAUAUCAGAUAUACAUCAGCACUGCCGCAGCUCUUCGCAUCAGAACUGUAGCUACAACAGGUCACAGCUGUCCCAUUAAUUAUUGACACAUCCUAUUGUAGUGCCACACAUACAAACAUCCAACAGAGACUGACAGCUGACCCUACAGUUUACUCCACAAGCUGAGGAUGGAGGCGCCCAUUUAUGCCUCAGGCAUGGCCUAUAAGCUGAGGAGCCAGUGGGAUCGUGAUGAUGGUCUGGGACAGAAUCAUAAGGCUGUGAAGUUUCUGGGUCAGGACUAUGAGAGUCUGAAAGCCCAGUCCCUCCAGAGCAGGAGGUUGUUUGAGGAUAGUUACUUCACCUGUUCCGCAUCGUCUCUAGGAUUCAACGAGCUCGGCCCGAGAUCUUCCAAGACUGCUGGAGUCCGCUGGAUGAGGCCCACGGAGUUCUGCAAGCGUCCCGAGUUCAUCGUAGAUGGAGCGACUCGCACUGACAUCUGUCAGGGGGCUCUGGGGGACUGCUGGCUGCUGGCAGCCAUCGCCUCGCUGACAUUAAACGACAACCUCCUCCACAGGGUGGUUCCUCACGGACAGAGCUUCGGACAGGGAUAUGCCGGCAUCUUUCACUUUCAGUUCUGGCAGUUUGGCGAGUGGGUGGAGGUUGUGAUCGAUGACCGGCUGCCAGUGAAGGAUGGAAAGCUGCUGUUCGUCCACUCAGCAGAGGGAACUGAGUUCUGGAGCGCUCUGCUGGAAAAGGCCUACGCUAAGUUGAACGGCUGUUAUGAGGCCCUGUCAGGGGGCAGCACGUCCGAGGGCUUUGAGGACUUUACAGGCGGCGUGACGGAGAUGUACGAGCUGAGGAAAGCACCCGCCGACCUCUUCAGCAUCAUCAGCAGGGCCGUAGACAGAGGAUCACUGCUGGGCUGCUCCAUUGACAUCACCAACUCAAUGGACAUGGAGGCCGUCACAUUCAAGAAGCUGGUGAAGGGACACGCCUACUCUGUGACUGGUGUGGAGGAGGUGGUGUACAGAGGAAGUCCGACCAAACUGGUUCGCAUCAGGAACCCCUGGGGGGAAGUGGAGUGGACUGGACCCUGGAGCGACAACUCCAGAGAGUGGGACAGUGUGGAUCGCUCCGUCAGAAGUCGGCUACAAAACCGCAGCGAGGACGGUGAAUUCUGGAUGUCGUUCAAAGACUUCUUGCGCGAGUUCACUCGUCUGGAGCUCUGCAACCUGACAGCUGACGCCCUGCAGAACAGCCAGCUGAAGAAAUGGAGCUCUUCGCUGUAUCAGGGCGAGUGGAGGAGGGGCAGCACUGCUGGAGGCUGCAGGAACUACCCAGCAACCUUUUGGCUCAAUCCUCAGUUCAAGAUUGCCCUGCAGCACCCGGAUACCCCUGGCAAAUCAGAAUGCAGCUUCCUGGUCGGCCUCAUGCAGAAGGACCGCAGGAAGAAACGGAGGGAGGGCGAAGACAUGGAGACCAUCGGGUUUGCCGUCUAUGAGAUUCCAAGAGAGUUUAAAGGCCAGUCAGGAGUCCACCUGAAGCGUGACUUUUUCCUCACCCACGCCUCCAGCGCUCGCUCAGAGCUCUUCAUCAACCUGAGGGAGGUCAGCUCGCGGUUGCGACUGCCGGCCGGAGAAUACAUCAUUGUCCCCUCUACCUUUGAGCCGCACAAAGAGGCCGACUUUGUCCUCAGAGUUUUCUCUGAGAAGCCAGCUGACUCAGAGGAGCUUGAUGAUAACGUCGAAGCAAAACUUCCAACAGAGACUGAGCUAGAUGAGAGCCAGAUCGACGCCAGCUUCAAGAAUCUCUUCAGACAGCUGGCCGGGCCGGACAUGGAGAUCAGCAUCUCAGAGCUGCAAACCAUAUUGAACAGGAUCAUCAGCAAACAUAAAGACCUGAAGACGGACGGCUUCUCAAAAGAAGCUUGUCGCAGUAUGAUAAGCCUCAUGGACACGGACGGCAGCGGCAAGCUUGGCCUGACAGAGUUCCAUGUCCUCUGGGAAAAGAUUAAACGAUACCUGACCAUAUUCAGGCAGUUUGACUUGGACAAAUCGGGCACCAUGAGCUCCUAUGAGAUGAGAAUGGCUCUUGAAUCUGCAGGUUUCAAGCUGACAAACCAACUGUUCCAGCUGAUCAUCCUGCGCUACACAGAGGCCGACAUGUCUGUUGACUUUGACAACUUUGUCACCUGUCUGGUCCGACUGGAGACCAUGUUCAAAACCUUCCAGACCAUGGACACAGAUAAAGAUGGUUUAAUGUCCCUCAACUUCACUCAGUGGAUCACCCUGACCAUGUUUGCCUAGAGAUGAGUGGACUACUCUGUAAAUGUUGCACUGCAUCCUGCUGCAGCUCCAGGCCCAGUAUGUGUUGUUUCAGAAGUGCCUUUUCCUCCACCUGUUCUUCCUCUCGCUGCUGAGGUCCUACGAAGCUUAAAGACUGUAAAUUCAUCUUUACAGUGCCUACAUUGGAAAAAUGUGCCAAUUCCUUUAUUUGCCACCUGUUUUGCCAACAGAAGGAAGCUCACGUUUUUGAGCCUGGCCGUCAACUCUGCAGUAGCACUGACUGUGAGCAAGAACGGUUUUAGCUGAACAUUUAUUGGAUGCAGAGGACGGACAUAAACAUAUUGGCUAAAUUUCAGCUGGUGGAGACAAAAAAUUUGUAUUGAUUUGUAGCUUGUUUGUUUGGAAAAAAAGGCAUCUAGACAUAUGUUUUCUUACAAGUUACCUCCUUAGUGUAGGUUUAGAGAAAGUGGAAGAAGUAGAAGUAAAUUUCUAAAUUAAAUAUUCAAAUAAAUUGAUAGUAGGCCUGUCACUAUUUACGACUUUGGUUGGAUGAUACUUUGUCCCAGAAAUAAUUGCGAUAAACGAUAUUAUUGUCAUUUGAGACCAUUUCAUGCCACUUAUAUAAAUAGCAUAAUAACACAAGUACGGUGUUUCAAAAAGAAACAAACAUUUCUUGCUAAAAUAUUAGCAUAUUUUGUAAAAAAGUAAUUCACACCUGGUAAUAUAUACAAGAAAGUAUAUAGAAUUGUAAUACCAUUAUUGGAGUAGUCCAGAAUUACUCAGUUUUAGACUAAAUUUGGCCAACAAAAACAAAACAAACGAUUAGCGAAGCUCUGCAAGCACUUCGCAGUUAUCUCCAUAAUCUGGGCCAGUGUGCUGCAGUCUGCUCCCGGGGAUGGACGGCCUGCGAGCCAGGUGGUUUGUUUUUGGAUUUCAGGAAAUGGAGGAUGAAGUUGUUGAAUAGUAAAACCUCAAACGACGAAAUGUUUAGCAUGUUGCCAUGAGUUGCCAAGCUAACGACUAUCAGGACUGUGCAUGUUUUUCUCCAAAAGUGCAGCUGCAGGCUAGCGGUAAGCUACACUGUGUCAUCUUUUAAGUGUUUUAUUUUUCUUCAAGCAUGCGGCAGUUAGGAGACAAAAAAAGGCGAAACCCUGCAGUUUAUUCUGGCAUCAUGUUAUGUAAACAAACAUGCAUGUAAACACAGGUGAUAUGUCCAAUGUCCAUAUAUUGUAGGAUAUGUUGACAACGUAAUUGUAGUGACAGGCCUAAUUUAUAUAAUUGACUAAUAAACACUACAUAAAAUGAUAUGUCUUGAUGCCACAUUUGUUGGCUACUUUUAGCAGGAUUUAGCUUAGCAUAUUUUAAGCGGAAUUCCUGAGCUGGAUUUUUCAACUUGAAAAUGAAAACCAUUUUCCUUUCACCUAAAAUGUAUUGUUAGGUUGUCUAUAUUGGCAGCUGGCAUCAGCCAAGCUGGGCUAUUUUGAAAAGGUGUUUUUAGCUGUCCACAUUUGCUGAAACUCAACCAAUAUGUUUAGGUUUGCUCCAUUUUAUCAGUCGGCGAGUUUUGCCCUUUUAAAACAAAUUAAGUCAAUUAGUGGUUUGGUUUUAAUUGUGUUUUUUGGGGGGGUUAGCUAUCAACAAUUACUUAUUAAUAAAAUGAGCUCUAGAUUGUUUGAGAUACUCCUGCAUUUCUACUCUUUUUGACAGAUUUUUGAUUAAAUCAUUUAAUGUGAAAACAAUCUAGUGGUCAGUCCACUAAGAGUUAAUGUGAGGACAAUCUUCAAAACCCUCCUCUCAGAGCUUAUUUUUUAUCAAAGAUAUUUGACGAUGAGCCUGCUGUCAGUUAUCACAAUCUCCGUGCCAGCGAUAUGGAGAGCUGCUGAGUGUGCCAGCUUGUUCUUCAGCUUACUCUUUAACACCACACAUUCAGCACAUAUGAAUGUGAGGAUUAUUUUUCUCUGCUCUGCCUUUGUAGCAACAUUGCCGGCCGGGCAUUUUGUGUUUACAUCUUGUGCCAAACUUUGCUUUCACCUCAGCAUCAAGAAUCUGCUCAUGACGCUUUACUGGGCACUGCAGUGCAGAGACAAUGGUGGUUUGUUGUAUCAUAGAGAAUGUGUUGGGUUUUAUUUCUUUAAAAGUAAUUCUGUUUAGCUUUUAGACAGAUGUAAUAUGCAUGGCACUUUUUACUGAAUGUUUUGGAAAAUAUGGAAAAAAAUUUAUAUUAUGGUUGGAACUGGAUGUCACAGUGGUUUAAAAAAGGGAUGCGUCAGCCUUGUUUAAUCUUGCCUUUCAACGGGAACAAGAACACAUCAAUACUUUAGGUGAAGGUAAACUAUUAUGCAAGAUGGACAGAUAUGUUGGGUGCAUGCAUGUGUGACAUGUGAUAUGUCGUCUGCCUGCCUAAUUUCUUUUUAACCAGGGGAGCAAGUGUUUUAUUUUAAAGAACUGUAUGGCAAAAUAAUGUGUCACAUUUGGGUGGGGGUGGGGGGGUGGGGGGGGGACUUGAAAGUGUUUAGGUAUGGAAGAAAUACGUGUAAAGUGUUAUCAUUUUCUUAUCAAGCAAAGAGUUUCAAGUGUUACAAAUACCCAAAAUGUUUGUUCUGCCAAUUAUUUCUUGUCUUUCUAUAAAUGUCAAGAGCUGAUUUUGAAACAUUUCAAAAAGUGACAGCCAAACCCUUAAAUUUAUACGAUACUCCGACAAUGCCAGCAUUCAUCUUUCAGUCUUUCAGUUUUAGCAGCGUAAUGCUUAUGUAACGUUAUCUAAUGUUUACAGUGGUAGCAUUCUGGGUCCCUUUGGACCCAUUCGUCAUGCAAUACAUUGGUUUACUGUGUAGCGUCUCUGUAAAACUUCAAUACACACUUUGAAAAUAAACAUUGGGAUUUCA